GCCAUUUUUAUAUACUUUAUUGAUUAUACUUCUGUUACGUUUAAAAAUGGAAAAUAAUGCGGCAAAUGUGUAUAUUCCAGCCUUUUAUUCUGGCUGUAGUAUUUUUAUAACCGGUGCCACUGGUUUCUUGGGGAAAGCGCUUAUUGAAAAGCUUCUGCGAUCUUGUCCCGAUAUAGAAGAAAUAUUUAUAUUGAUAAGGUCAAAAAAGGGACUAAGCGUUGAUGAUAGGAUUAAAAAAAUGUUAAAUAACAAGUUAUUCGACAAACUACGAAGCAAACAACCAUCCAGUUUUGACAAAAUCAUCCCCAUAAUAGGAGAUGUAGCUGCUAAAAAUUUAGGAUUGCUAGCCGUAGAUCGUGAUAUUUUAAUUGACAGAGUAUCCAUAAUUUUCCACGUUGCCGCUAGCGUCAGAUUUGAUGAAGGACUCAAAGAAGCGGUUUUCAAUAAUACUAGAUCAACACGUGAUAUUUGUGUCUUAGCCGAAAAAAUGAAAAAAUUGAAAGUUCUGUUGCACGUUAGUACAACGUACUCGCAAAUUGACAAACCUGUAGUAAACGAGAUUUUAUAUCCUUCAGAAUUUGACUGGAAAAAAAUGAUAGAGAUUGUCGAAUCCAUCGACGGACACGUUCUUGAUAUAUUAACAGCAAAAACUCUAGCAACAAUGCCAAACACUUAUACUUUUACUAAAAGAUUGGCUGAGCAAGUGAUAAGCGAUUAUUCCAAAUCAUUGCCUUGUGCACUCAUUAGGCCUUCGAUCGUCAUAUCAACAUCGAUUGAACCUGUGCGAGGUUGGAUUGACAAUUUCAAUGGGCCUGUUGGCAUGCUAGUUGGUGGAGGCAAAGGAAUAUUGCGAGUGCUGUGGUGUGAACCUAACAAUAUUUCCGAUUUUAUGCCAGUUGAUGCAGUCAUUAAAGCUUUAAUAAUUGCAGCUUGGAAACGUGGAAUCAAAACUGAGGACAAAACAACUGAUGUUUAUAACUGUUCUGGCAAUAAUAUAAAGCCUAUGAUCAUGCAAAAUAUAGUUACCACAGGUCUUGGCUUUACAAAGGACGUACCUUUGGAAAAUAUACUUUGGAAGCCAAGAUCGACAAUAACAAAAAAUUUUUACGUAUAUUACAUAUCGGUGUUAUUAUUGCACAUUUUACCAGCAAUUUUUUUGGAUGGAGUUAUGAAAUUAUUUGGUAUGCGCCCAAUCUUGCUCAGAUUACAAAGAAAAGUGUACGUGUCUAACAGCGCUUUGUCAUAUUUUUUGUUGAAUCAAUGGAAAUUUGUCAAUGACAAAUUGUUAAACAUAGUAGAUAACCUCAGCCCCGAGAAUGCAAAAGAAUUUGGAUACUUUUACCAAACUAUCGAUAUAUCUCAAUUCUUUAAAGACGGAAUAAUUGGUGCAAAAAUAUAUUUGUUAAAUGAAAGCAUGGAUGAUUUAGAAGCAACAAAACAUCACUAUAAAAGAAUGGAUUGGAUCGAUACAAUAACUAGGAUACUAUUUAUCGUGAUCAUUCUAUGGAUACUUUAUCAUGCAUCGCAUCUGGUGUCAAUUCUCAAAAUGUUGGUCAAUGCACAAAAACGAGAAUACUUGAGAGAUACGCGUUAUCGUCCGCCAAUCUGGAAAGACGGAUAA